AUGUGUUUAAAUGCAAUUGAGACGUUUAUUUUGGUUUCAUACAGUCGCGUGAAAGUUCCCAGGAUUGUUAUCCUGCGCAAGACUCUACCGACAGCGCGCUUCCGUGUAGCUCGCCAAGGUCGACUUUCCCUUGACCGUAGCGAAUUUUUACCCUCUUUCGGGAAAGUCAAUAAACAUCAAAACUUGUCCAUUCACUGUAUACCUGAGAUGAAUAACACUCGUAUGCAUCCAGGGGAUCGUGAUCUCCGGCAACUCGGGGAAUCAUUGGAUCGUGCGACUCGAAUGGCACGACGAGGGAGGGUGGCGAACCCGUCAUCGACAGCUGGAGGUUUGCCGCCUCGGAAACAGUACCUUGCCGCUCGUCAGCGACCUUCGCAUCGCCGCACCAGUCUCCCCAAGCUCAAUAAGAUUCUGGCGCAACAGGAACGAAAGUCUUGCGACUUGGGAUUCGCUGAUGAUGUCGAUAACGUAACGCUAGCCACCGAAGCGAGCAGUACGAAUCAAAACAAUUCCUGGCAGUCGUUCGAGUCAGCUGAAGGUCAAGUACUGACACAACGACUGCAGCAAGAUCUGCAACGUUGGUCUGACCUCGCCCCCUCACAACCUCAACGUCCUACUCGACGAGUACACCAUCGGUCUGCUGCAGAAUUGGAUGACCAGAGCCGAACUUCCAUCGAGUCGACACCUAUCGACGUCGACUCGUUGCAAGAAUACCAUGCGCCGAUAAAAAUCGAAUUUGACCCCUACGCGCUUACUAAACAACACCAAAUGUCUCUUGUCGUUCAGCCUCACUCGGUAUGCAGCCUGCCCGUGUCUGUGGACGAUUCGGGACCAAUUGACAUCGAUACGGGGGACGAACUCGUUCUUCAAGAGGAAGACGAGAGUUCGGAAGAAGAUCUAUGGGUUUCGGGGGAUUUUCCGAUCUUGGAUGAAACAGAAAUGGAUCGAGGAUUGGCGGGCUAUAUGCAUGGCUUUGAACCACCGACACUACAAACACUUUUCGGAGGUAUCGAUGGUGUAUUGGAAGUGGACGAGGGCAAGUUCGAAAUUUAGCGUCGGGGUUCUCGGUUGCUGUUGACUGUGAAUAUGUUCUUUGUUACGUCCAAAUCGAUAGAAUAGUAUAAAUGAGUGAGAUAGAAGAUAUUUUUGCAUGUGGUUGAGGAUUGGACUGGUCGAUGUUUUCAAAAUGAUUUGAUAGCAACACGUUAUUUAAGUCGUGUAAGGCUCCGU